GUACAUGCAUACAUUACAUUAAAGUUUUAAAACUGAGUAUAAUUGAUUUAGUGUCAGACUUUGGCUCAAACCGUGUAUAUAUUUCUAUCACCCGUUUGAUGCGUUUAAUUCCGUGACAAAUCUGCAGUAACUUCCUGUCUCUUCCUGGCUGCCUCACCGUACCUUGACGCCGCCGCGCUGCCCUAUGUUUUCCUUGCGGAUGUAGCCCUCGUGCCCCGGCGAGACAGGCAGGUAGUGAUGUGGCCGAGGUCCGCGGCGGAGCGAUCUGCGCGACGACAAAGAGAUGAGAUGUUGUUAGCAGGGAGAUCCCAUUACAGAGGACGCAUGUUGUAAUAUGGUCGAAACAAAGCAAUAGGCCUGCCAUCCAAAAACAAAUCCUAAAAUCCAAUCUGGUUAUCCGCAGUAACUUUUAGUGGAUUUAUAGGCUACUCGCGUGGGAAAUGGAGAAGAAAAGGUGGGAUUGCACUGCUCUCCCCAAGGGCUGGAAAAUGGAAGAAGUGACCAGAAAGUCGGGUUUGUCAGCUGGAAAAAGCGAUGUCUAUUAUUUUAGUCCAUCUGGGAAGAAGUUUCGGAGCAAGCCUCAGCUGGCCCGUUACCUUGGUAACCAGAUGGACCUCAGCUCCUUUGAUUUCCGCACAGGGAAGAUGCUGAUGAGCAAGCUGAACAAGAACCGGCAGAGACUGCGCUAUGAUAACAACAACCAAAACAAGGGCAAACCUGACUUGAACACAUCACUACCAGUCAGACAGACAGCCUCCAUCUUUAAGCAGCCUGUUACCAAGGUUACCAACCACCCAAACAACAAAGUGAAGACAGAUCCUCAGAAAGCCGUUGACCAGCCCAGACAGCUAUUUUGGGAGAAGAAACUCAGUGGUCUUAAUGCUUAUGACAUCGCAGAGGAGCUGGUCAAAACAAUGGAACUGCCUAAAGGACUACAAGGUGUCGGUCCAGGCUGCACAGACAAGACUCUCCUGUCAGCUAUUGCAAGCGCUCUGCACACCAGCGCCGCUCCCAUCACCGGCCAGCUGUCUGCAGCCGUGGAGAAGAACCCAGGAGUCUGGCUCAACACCACACAGCCGCUGUGCAAGGCCUUCAUAGUCACUGAUGAGGACAUCAGGAAACAGGAGGAGCUGGUAUACAGUGUGAGGAAAAGGCUAGAGGAGGCACUGAUGGCUGAUAUGUUGGCCCAUGUUGAGGAGGCUGCCAAUGACGGAGAGGCUCUGAAGGAGGAAGGUAACGGCAGUGAAGAUAUGGAGAGCGUAUAGCACAGGGUUUUGUUCGACACCUGCACACACACGACCAUGAACAGUAGGAGCCAUACAACAGUCCCGCCCUGAUGAACUGUCCCCGAGUAUCUGCGUCCAACUUAAACCGUAACCUGACUUACACCAGUCCAGUGCAACCUAAAGAAGUCUUCCCUUCACCUGACCCCGAAACACUUGGAGUCUCAAAUGCAUCACUUCAUCUUUAACUCCACUGGAUGGGACUCCUUGACUUCAACUGCAAUUAAAGUUACUCAGUUUCUAAGCUUGAUUGAUUUUUGACGAGGAAAUUUUUACAAAAUUCCCAUGAACUUUCCAAUAUUAAUAAUAACUUACCUACAGUGUCAAAUUCAGUGUUCGAUGAGAAGCGUUUGAGCGUUUUUUUACUGAAAGGCUUUGAAUGGGUUUGUAUUUUUGUGACAAUCAUGUCAAAUCCAAACAUUUUAUGUCAGCAAAACGUCAACCUGGGUGCUUUUUAUUUUUGGUUUGUCACGGGCAGAUUGGAAAUGAAUGUUUUGUAUUGUUGGCAUGCCUCACCAGUCGAGAUGUGAACCAAGUUGAGCUAAUUUAAAUCGGCCACAGUGCGGAUGUUAUGAAUGCAGAAGCUGUAGUUUUAAUCCCUUGUAUAUACGUUCAUCGGAGUGAACAGAGUCAAGUUUUUAUUGUUGUGAUUUCAAGGAAAUAUUGUACUUCAUGACGGCUGUGUCAUCCCGUGAGUCAUGUUCAGUAUUAACCAAAGAGGAGACGUGUCAUUUUGACGAGGGUCGUUCUCGCUGUAACAGACAUCUGCUUGGUGUUUUACCGUGAGCGAUUAUAUCGGCUCUGUUGUUGUACAACUAACCACAAGGAGAAAGUACACGUGAUGGGGCACAAUGGGAAAGAAAUGACUUGAAACCUCUUUCUAUUGUACAAUGAUAACUGUUUUUAACUCUUCAUCAUUAUAGGUGCUUACUGACGUUGUGAAACAUGGCUGUCCGGGCUUUGUUUCUGUCACGGUUUAAUGUGUCAAUGUUACCACACACAUGCUGCCUCCAUGUAAACCCACGCACAAAACUGACGACACGGCAAAUUACGGUUAAGACUAGUUUUAAUGUCAUUUAUCAUCUGAGGAGUAAUGAUUUUGUAUUUUAUUUUUAUCCCUGUCUGUCGAGGUUUUUUGGUGAAUAAUGUAUCCAGCUGAAAUCAUUUAAGAUCCCUUCUCAAUGUCAGCAGGCUGAUUGCUGAAAUGAAUUUGAUUGUAUUACUUAUUAAAUGAGUCCGUAUGUCAUUA